UAAGUAUUGUUUUAACUUGCACUUCUCCUAUAAAAAGGCUCAAAAGAAUCCAUCUAUCUAAGAUCUAACCGCGUAAACUAGAAACUAAAUUGACCUUCUUCAGGUGAAAACAUAACCCUGCAAUUAAAUUCUUUUGGACUUGAACUUGGCGGCAUAGAAGAGAAGCUACAGCUCUAAAUUUAACCAAAAUUCUGAAUUUCUAAUCAGGAAGUUUGUUCAGAAAUAAAUUAAGACUCAGGCGACGUUUUCAGUCUUUAAAGGCAAGUAUUAGUUGCUGAUAACAACUUCAUUACAUUCUACUUCUUCCAAGAUCUGAAUCAAGGUCAAUAUACAAAAUGCAGAAUCUGAGAAAUCUUCAAGGAACAUAUUGCACCUUUGAAUCUUCCUUGUUAAGUGGUGUAGAUAAUCCUUGUGGAUCUCCAUCAACUGGAAGCAUCUCUGGUAACGGGAGCGCAGCUUCACUUUUCGAUCCUGAAUCCCCUUCAAUUGAUUCACUUGAAAUUGGUAAUCUUUGGCAUCAUCUCAGAGAGCUCGAGUCUGUCAUGAUGGAACCUACUUCAGAUAACUUUUACAAUGAGAAUUGGCAACAGUUGAGGGAGAUGAUAUCGAGAAGGGAACUUAGGGAGGUACUAAUUGCUUGUGCAAAAGCGAUAUCUAAUGAUGACUUGCUGACAUCUGGGUGGUUGAUUUCUGAGCUACAACAUAUGGUUUCGGUUUCUGGUGAACCGAUUCAGAGGUUGGGAGCCUACAUAUUAGAAGGGUUAAUUGCACGAUAUUCUUCUUCAGGAAUCUCUAUCUACAGAGCCUUAAACUGUAAGGAGCCUACUAGCAGUGAAUUCCUCUCUUAUAUGCAGGUGCUCUAUGAAGUCUGCCCAUAUUUCAAGUUCGGGUAUAUGUCAGCUAAUGGGGCAAUUGCUGAGGCCCUGAAGAAUGAGGACAGAAUUCAUAUAAUUGAUUUUCAGAUUGCUCAAGGGAGUCAAUGGAUUAGCCUUAUCCAAGCGUUGGCAGCUCGGCCUGGUGGGCCCCCACGAGUUCGUAUAACAGGCAUUGACGAUUCCACAUCUGAAUUUGCUCGUGGAGGAGGACUCAACAUUGUCGGAGAGAGAUUGUCUAUGCUUGCUAAGGCAUGUAACCUACCAUUCGAGUUUCAUGCUGCAGCACUUUGUUGUGGCGCUGAGGUAAAAGUUCAAAACCUUGUCUUGAAAUCUGAAGAAGCCUUGGCUGUCAAUUUUCCUUUCUUACUGCACCACAUACCAGAUGAGAGUGUUGGACCUCAGAAUCACCGAGAUACAUUAUUGAGGCUCGUUAAGAGCUGGUCACCCAAGGUGGUUACCCUAGUUGAGUACGAGUUGAACACAAAUUCAGCUCCUUUUUACCCUCGGUUUCUUGAGACCCUUGAAUAUUAUUCUGCAAUUUUCGAAUCAAUCAAUGUUACCCUCUCAAAGGAUCGCAAGGAGCGGAUCAACGUUGAGCAGCACUGCUUAGCAAAAGAGAUUGUCAACAUCAUAGCAUGUGAGGGUGCUGAAAGAGUGGAACGGCAUGAGCUACAUGGGAAGUGGAGAUCCCGGUUUACAAUGGCUGGGUUUAAACCAUAUCCUCUGAACCCACUAGUAAAUGCUACUAUCAAAAAUUUAUUGCAGAAAUACAGCAGGUGUUAUGGACUUGAAGAGAGAGAUGGAACUCUUUAUCUUGGAUGGAUGAACCGAGCUAUGGUUACAUCUUGCGCAUGGCAAUGAGGUUCAACAAAGUGAAUGGAGGUUUCCUAGAGAAGGACUGAGGCAUAUGAUACCUGGGAUUCUAUAUCAAGCUUAAAACUCUUACUCAGGCUGCAAUCUUUCUAAAGAGACUCGAAUCAUAACUAUUAUGUGUCCAAGGCAGAGGUUCUUACAGUGGAGCUCCUAAAUAUUAUUCGUAAGAGGACUUCCACUUGCAGGGGGCUUCAAGUCUUCAACAUUACCCACUUGGAAUUUGAAACUGAUGCUUUGGCCUUGAAACUUAUACUGGAAAGAAUGCAUGCUCUGAUGCUCAUCUGGAUCAUUUGCUUGCUGCUGUCCUCACUGAUAACACAUUUCUCAACUUGGAAUGCAAUGUCAACAUCAUACUAGCAGUGAAGCUAACUCAGUGGCAGAUAAUCUAGCCAGGUUUGCCUUCUGUAUAAUAAAAGAUGAAUGGAAAAUCCACUUUGUCAUUGUGGAGGGCAAUGGAGCUACCUUUGUUGCUGACCUACAGGCUGCAAUCGAAGGUUCUCACAUAACACGAUACUUAUCUAGAUUUUGACCAUUGAUGGCUCAAAUUCUUCUGUGUUAAAUUUUAGUUAGGUUUUAGGUUCUGGUUAUGUUUUAGCCUCUUUUCUCCUUCAUGAAGCGGUGAGAAGUUUUUCAAGCUUUCCUUUGAAUCUGUACUCGUGUACUGGCUUUAGGAAACCCCCAAUGUAAAAAAAUACAAGUAGCUGUUGCAGGAAUCCAAAACUGUUCUGUUUGCUAUCCAAUUAUAAUUAUUAUUUCUAGCUUUUG